AUGCUGCCAAGGCUUCUUGUCUUCUCCACUCUGGGUCUCGGUGCCUGGGGUUAUUCCUUCUGGAAUGAAACACAAACUAAAGACUUGCCAGAGAAACUUCAGGACCUGCUUAGCAAUGUUUCCAAACUCACCGAAAGAGGCAAACUGAAUUUGAAUGAUGUCUCCAUCAUGGACUCUCGCGAAGAGUGGGGGGCAGAAGCUGUUGACUGCAGCACCCAGCUAGCCACGCCAGUGGACUUCCUUAUCAUACAUCACCUCCCUGGACUGGAGUGUCACAACCAGACUGUCUGCAGUCAGAUGCUACGGAAACUGCAGACCCAUCACAUCCAUAACAACAAAUGGUGCGAUGUGGCCUACAACUUCCUGGUUGGGAAUGAUGGUAAAGUGUAUGAAGGUGUUGGCUGGAACAUUCAAGGCAGGCACACCCAAGACUACAGCAAUAUCUCCCUGGGCUUUGCCUUCUUUGGCACCAAAGAAGGGCACAGUCCCAACCCCGCUGCACUGUCUGCCAUGGAGGGCCUAAUCUCGUAUGCUGUCCAGAGGGGCUACCUGUCAUCCAGGUACCGUCAGCCACUUUUUGUGAAAGGAGAGAACUGCCUGGUGUCUCCACAGAACACAGGUCUUAAAAAAGCUUGUCCCAGCAUUGUUAUGAGAUCUGAUUGGGAGGCCAGGAAAUCCCACUGCCCCAAGAUGAACAUCCCAGCUAAAUACGUUAUCAUCAUUCACACCUCUGGGAGAACCUGCUUUGUGUCUGAUGAGUGUCGUGUCCUGGUCCAAGAUAUUCAAUCUCUCUUCAUGGACAUACAUGACACAUGUGACAUUGGACAUAACUUCCUCAUAGGCCAAGAUGGCGCCAUCUAUGAAGGGACAGGCUGGAAUGUCCAAGGCUCCCACACUACUGGUUACAAUGAUAUUGCCCUGGGCAUUGCCUUUAUGGGCACCUUCACAGGUACCCUGCCAAAUGCUGCAGCGCUGGGGGCCGCCCAGAGUCUGAUCCAGUGUGCCAUGGACAAGGGGUAUUUGACUCCCAACUACCUCCUAGUGGGUCAGAGUGAUGUUGAGAACACCUUGUCUCCUGGAGAGGCUUUGUACAAUACCAUCAGCACCUGGCCUCAUUUCAAGCACUGA